AUGGCACAUGACACAGAAGAUGGUGAAGGCAAUCUGGUAGACAGCCCGUCAACUAAUGCCCUCUCCAGAAAUCUGUUUCUUGCCAGGAUCAGAAAAGGUUCACACUGUGAUGGGGUUCCGGUGAACAAUGGGACUGGGCUUCUUCAAUGCUGCAAAGCACGUUGCCGUGAUGUUUUUGGAGACCAGAACAACUGUGGGAGGUGUGGGCACAAGUGUGGCUUUGGGGAGCUCUGCUGCCAUGGGACCUGCACCAACAUAGUCUACAACGACACUCACUGCGGCGAGUGCAAUCGUAAGUGCUUGCCGGGCAUCAAAUGUGAGUAUGGAACUUGUGGGUAUGCUUGA